AUGGCUCCGAUUAUCGUACCAUUACCUAUGACUAAGGAUUCCCGAUGGAAUCCGGAACGUCAGGAAAAUAAAACUCUUGUUCCAAUGGUCGCAUCUUCUUCACUUCAGGAUGCCGAGUACUGUUACGGCGGUCAUCAGUUUGGUGGCUCGGGCAUCUUCGAGAUGUCUCCCAAGGACACCAACGCUCUCGGCCCCAACUACAUCUACAGGACCUCUAUUGACGUUGGUCAGACGGAUUUCACCUACGAAGACGUUUGCAUGAUAUUGAAUAACAUGGAGGAGGAGUUCUGUGGAGAUCGGUACCAUCUGUUGCGAAAAAACUGCAACCACUUCUCACACGCUUUUAUUGAGAUUCUCUGCGGCGCGUCACUGCCAAAGUGGAUCAACAGACUGGCCGUGCGCGGUCUACAGGCAUCAGCUUUCACAAAAUCUGACGAUUUCUGGUGCCUGGAGAAGGACAUCAAAGGGCACGUGAGUGAAGUUUCCUCCAAAAAAAAUGACACUAGACCGCUUUUUUAA